AUGCGAUUGACCGAGUUUUCUUUGCUCCUAGUGGCCAUUUUAAUGGCGUGCUGCGCCACCCUCGCCAGCUCGACCAAUGCAAUCACAGCACUGGGAUCCCGCCCCAACAUUGCGCCCGCGGGUGCGGGUGGCAGCGUGCAGCGUUCCCUGAGACGAAGCAAUUCAACGGUCCGCAUCGAAGGUGACACGGACGAAGAGAGGGGUGUGUGGACACGACUGAAGGGCAUGGCCAAGAAACUUUCCUUCGGUAGCAAGCGACUCCAGAAAAGCUCCAGUGCUCUCAAGACUUCCGAAAAUGCGAUCGUCCAGCAGGCGGAGGCAGUGCUGAUGCGUUGA